AUGUCCAACCUCUACCGGAGCCCAUCAUCGGCUCAGACGAACGUCGUCUAUAAGAGCACAUCUGUGUCGGCUUUCGGCGCCCCCUUCGGCGCCAUGUCGGUCGCCGACUUGGGUUCGCUCACUCGACUCGAGGACAAGAUCCGUCUCCUGCAGGAAGAUCUCGAGUCCGAGCGUGAGCUGCGCAACCGGAUCGAGCGUGAGCGUGCUGAUCUGUCAGUGCAGCUCAUCUCCCUCACCGAUCGUCUCGAAGAUGCUGAGGGCACCACGGACAGCCAGAUCGAGUCCAACCGCAAGCGCGAGGCCGAACUCGUGAAGUUGCGCAAGCUGCUCGAGGAAAGCCAGAUCGAGUCCGAGGAUGCGAUGAACCAGCUGCGCAAGAAGCACCAAGACUCCUGCCUCGACUACCAGGAGCAGCUUGAGGGACAGCAGAAAAAAUAUGCCAAGGUCGACCGUGACCGACAGCGCCUCCAGCACGAGGUCAUCGAGUUGACGCAGACCAUCGACCAGCUUCAGAAGGACAAGCACACCGCCGAAAAGGCCGCCGAACGCUUCGAGGCGCAGGCGUGCGAGUUGGCCAACAAGGUCGACGAUCUCAACAAGCACGUCAACGACCUCGCCCAACAACGCCAGCGACUCCAGGCCGAGAACAACGACUUGUUGAAGGAGAUCCACGACCAGAAGGUGACCAUCGACAACCUGCAGCACGUCAAGUACACGCUCGCCCAACAACUCGAGGAGGCCCGUCGUCGCCUUGAGGAUGCCGAACGGGAGCGCGCUCAGCUUCAGUCUCAGUUGCACCAGGUGCAACUGGAGCUCGACUCCGUCAGGACCGCUCUGGAUGAGGAAGCUCAAGCCAGGGCCGAUGCCGAGCACAAGCUUUCCCUUGCCAACACCGAGAUCACGCAGUGGAAGUCGAAGUUCGAUGCUGAGGUCCAACUCCACCACGAGGACGUCGAGGAGCUGCGCAAGAAGAUGCUCCAAAAGCAAGCCGAAUACGAGGAACAGAUCGAGAUUAUGCUGCAGAAGAUCAGCCAGCUGGAGAAGGCGAAGAGCCGCCUGCAGAGUGAGGUCGAGGUGCUGAUCGUCGACCUUGAGAAGGCGCACCACACCAUCGCCAUCCUCGAGCGCGCCAAGGAGGCCCUGGAGAAGCAGGUGGCCGAGCUGAAGGUGCGCAUCGAUGAGAUCACCGAGGAACUCGAAGCCACCGUGCGUGAGCUGCGCGCCGCCAAUGCUGAACUGCAAAAACUGAAGCAUUUGUACGAGAAGGUUGUCGAGCAGAAGGAGGCUCUUGCUCGUGAGAACAAGAAGUUGCACGACGAUCUCGCCGAGGCCAAGGAGGCCCUUGCUGACGCGAAUAGGAAGCUGCACGAGCUCGACCUCGAGAAUGCUCGUCUUGCUGGCGAAAUCCGCGAGCUUCAGGUCGCCCUCAAGGAAGCGGAUGCGCAGCGCCGUGAUGCCGAGAACCGCGCGGCGCGCGCCCUCGCCGAGUUGCAAGCCCUGCGCGUCGAGUUCGAGCGCCGCCUCCAGGAGAAGGAGGAGGAGAUGGAGGCGCUCCGCAAGAACAUGCAGUUCGAGAUCGACCGGCUGGCGGCGGCGCUGGCUGAUGCUGAGGCCCGCAUGAAGGCCGAGAUCUCGCGUCUGAAGAAGAAGUACCAGGCCGAGAUCGCCGAGCUGGAGAUGACCAUCGACAAUUUGAACAGGGCCAACAUCGAAGCCCAGAAGACGAUCAAGAAGCAGUCGGAGCAGCUGAAGGUGCUGCAGGCAAACCUGGAGGACACUCAGCGCCAGCUGCAGCAGACCCUUGACGCGUACGCGCUCGCCCAGAGGAAGAUCUCGGCGUUGGCGGCCGAGCUGGAGGAGUGCAAGUCGGCCCUGGACAAUGCCAUCCGAGCCCGGAAGCAAGCCGAAAUGGAGCUGGAAGAGGCUUCCGUGCGCAUCCAGGACCUCAUCUCGAUCAACAACAACCUCACGUCGAUCAAGAACAAAUUGGAGACCGAGCUGUCGACUGCUCAGCAAGACCUCGACGAGGUGACCAAGGAACUGCACGCCGCCGACGAGCGCGCCAACCGCGCCCUCGCCGACGCGGCCCGAGCUGUCGAGCAGCUGCACGAGGAGCAAGAGCACUCGAUGAAGAUCGAUGCCCUGAGGAAGAGCCUCGAGGAGCAGUGCAAGCAACUGCAGGUGCAGAUCCAGGAAGCGGAAGCUGCCGCCCUCCUCGGCGGAAAGCGCGUCAUCGCCAAGCUGGAGACCCGCAUCCGCGACUUGGAGACGGCCCUAGAUGAGGAAGGCAGAAGACACAAGGAAACCCUGAACGCCCUCCGCAAGAAGGACCGCCGGGUCAAGGAAGUCCAACAGCAGGUCGACGAGGAGCACAAGAACUUCGUGAUGGCCCAGGACACGGCUGACCGGCUGAUGGAGAAGCUGAACAUCCAGAAGAGACAAUUGUCCGAAUCAGAGGGAGUGACGAUGGCCAAUCUGCAGCGUGUCAGGCGGUACCAACGCGAGCUGGAAGAUGCGGAGGGCCGUGCCGAUCAGGCCGAGAGCUCGUUGAACCUGAUCCGUGCCAAGCACCGUGGAACAGUGGCCGGCGGAAAAUCCGGAAGCAGGAUCUUCGUCGCCGAUGAGGAGUAC